UCCGUAGCUUCGAAAUUAACCAGCAGAGUACUAAGCUAACCCCUUCACUAUUCGCGAGGUCACAAGAAAAGAAAAAAACCACCUCACCCCUCGGAUGCCGGCGGUGAUGGCCGGCGUUGACGGCGGCGGUCGAUCCCUGGAUUGCCGCAGCUUCUGGAAGGCCGGCGCCAGCGAGGGCCCCUCCGUCCCCAUCCGCGAGUUCCACGAUGCGCUGGAGACAGGGGACUUCGACCGCGCCCGCGUGCACCCCAAGUUCCUCCACACCAACGCCACCUCCCACAAGUGGGCGUUCGGAGCUAUAUCUGAACUUCUUGACAAUGCGGUAGAUGAGAUCUGCAAUGGUGCCACAUUCAUAAAAGUGGAUAAAAGCACCAACACGAAAGACAACAGUCCAAUGCUAGUUUUUCAAGACGAUGGAGGAGGAAUGGAUCCUGAAGGGGUGCGCCAGUGCAUGAGCCUAGGAUUCUCAACCAAAAAGUCAAAGACAACCAUUGGCCAGUAUGGAAAUGGCUUUAAGACAAGCACAAUGAGACUCGGUGCUGACGCAAUUGUUUUUACUCGUGCAAUACGUGAAAGUAAAGUUACCUUGAGUAUUGGUUUGCUCUCUUACACUUUCCUGAGGAGAACAAUGAAGGAUGACAUUGUUGUCCCCAUGCUUGAUUUUGAGGUCCAAGAUGGCCAAAUAGCACCUUUGGUUUAUGGUUCACAGGGUGAUUGGGAUAGUAGCCUAAAGAUAAUACUUGACUGGUCCCCUUUUUCUUCGAAGGAAGAACUGCUACAGCAGUUCGAGGAUAUGGAUAGUCAUGGAACCAAGGUGGUGAUAUACAAUUUAUGGAUGAAUGACGAUGGCCUUUUAGAACUUGACUUUGAUGAUGAUGAUGAGGACAUAUUGCUUCGGGAUCAAGGUCAAAACAGUGGGGCGUCAACGAAGAUUCAAAAAGAAAUUAUUCAGCAACAUAUAUCUCACAGACUGAGAUUCUCAUUACGUGCAUAUAGCUCCAUCCUUUACCUCAAGAAGUUUGAGAACUUCCAAAUUAUACUAAGAGGAAAGCCUGUUGAACAGAUAAACAUUGCCAAUGAGCUGAAGUUUAAGAAAGUAGUUACUUACAAACCUCAAGUUGCCCAUGAUUCUCAAGUGGUGUCAGUGAAGGUAGAUAUUGGCUUUGCAAAAGAGGCUCCUGUUUUGGGCAUUUUUGGGAUUAAUGUCUACCAUAAAAAUCGACUAAUCAUGCCAUUCUGGAAGGUCCUUCAAGAAGCAUCUAGUAGAGGGAGAAGUGUUAUAGGUGUACUUGAGGCAAAUUUUAUUGAGCCGGCACAUGACAAGCAAGACUUUGAGAGGACUCCACUGUUCAUUAGGCUGGAAACAAAACUGAAACAAAUUAUCGUUGAUUAUUGGAAAGAAAAGUGUCAUCUAAUAGGUUACCAGCCAAUCGAUCCGAAAUUGAGAUCCCAGUAUAAGGCUGCUCUUAAAGAUUCGGGCGGCCCUAGUGUGAAGAUUCGGCAUGAAGCUUCCACUGCUCAGAAGACUGGAGGGCACCUCUCAAAUUUGCUCCCACAGACAUAUGAUGAUGAAGCAGCUUUUAGACUGACAGCUAACAGGGCAGGUUCUGCUUUGCAUUCGUCUGGCCAAGGUAGUAUGGACUCAGCAGGCUUGGAAGAGGAUCUGGUAGAUAUUGGCUCUCUUGGUGUUCUUGAUCCCAGUUGCAAUGAGAAGUUGAGUGAAGAAAAUUUGGUUCUGUUCACAAGGCGUGAAGAUCUUCGGCAACGAGAUACACAGUUGAAGCAGACGAUUGGCGAGCUGGAGCAUGAACUAGAGGAAACAAGAAGGAAGUGCUCUCAGCUCGCAGCUGAGCUGCAGUUGCGGAGGAGCCAGCAACAACAUUACAUGUGAAGGUUAUUUUUACUACUUCUGACAGGGCCUAAACUAUGGGAACCAAACUCCUGGAAAUAUGUGGUUUCAUCAAAGCACAAAUACUGAACAGCGAUACGGAUGGUAUAGUUGCUCAUACGCAUACAAAUGAUCAGCGCGAUCGGUAUAGUUGCCCUCUUCAAGGGAAAUCUUCAGUGUGAAGUUCCUCUGUUUUCUUUUCUUUUCUGUUCUGGUGUGGUACUGGCCGCCACUGUUAGCUAUGGUGUGGUGUGGUGGCAGCAUGCACAGUUCACUGUAAUAUAUACUGGGUGUUACUAUUUCACAUCUUUUUACAUAUCCUGUAGAGUAGAACGCUAUUGUGUGAUAACUACUAGUGGAACAGUGUGUGUGUGUGUGUGUGUGGUUAAUUCAGACUGCUGGUUGUGUUUGUUUUGUCCA